CUGUGGCGUCUGUGCGCAGGCAAGGGGAACGAGUUUUGCAGGCAGAUCCCAGCAGCUGUCUGUUCUACCUCCGGGAGCUGUGAGCAGAACUUUGCGUACAGCAUAAUUCAUAUAUCAAAUACACACAAAAAAGGAAGACAGCAGUAGUUCGGACUUCGAAGUCGGGAGCCCAGAUGGAUUUUCUGUGUUUUCGAACCUUGUGCUGCAAAGGGCCGCCUUCACCACGAACAGAAUAUGAUGUCGUCUGCGUUGGUCUUACGGGAUCUGGCAAGUCAAGUUUGCUUACACAGCUCUGUAGUGAAAGUACAGACAGUAUUAUACCCACAACAGGUUUUAGAAUUAAAGCUGUCCCAUUCCAGAAUGCAAUCCUCAAUGUGAAAGAACUAGGAGGAGCAGACAAUAUACGAAAAUACUGGAGUCGAUACUAUCAAGGAUCUCAAGGGGUUGUAUUUGUUCUAGACAGCGCAUCUUCUGAAGAUGAUCUAGAGACGGCGAGAAAUGAGCUACAUUCGGCUCUUCAACAUCCACAACUAUGCACUUUGCCAUUUUUAAUAUUAGCCAAUCAUCAAGACAAACCAGCAGCUCGUUCUUUACAAGAGAUUAAGAAAUACUUUGAACUGGAACCACUUGCAAGAGGGCAACGAUGGAUCCUUCAGCCUUGCUCUGUAGAAAACAUGGAUGCUGUAAAAGAAGGUUUCAAUCAGUUUAUUAACUUGCUUGAAGAGAUUGAUUAAGAGCACACUCCAGGAAGAUUAUGAAAAAUGCACUGACCGCCAUUUGAAAAUUGGAAUGGAACCUUUCUCUGAAUCUUACACACUGUACUGUAAACUUUAAUAGAAUAACUUUACUGAAUGUUCAUUUGAAAUGUUUUAUAUGAUCCACUUCCUGCAUAUCAUCAUUGUUAAAUCAGAUUUUAAACAAAGCUAAAAUAUCCCAAAUGAACUGAAAUACAAAUUUAAUUUAAGAUGGAAUCACCAACAGUACUGGACUUGUUUACUUCCUGUUUUCUACUACUUCCAUUUUACUAUAGUUGCAUGAUAUUUUGGUAUGUGAUUAUUUGUACUACUUUAGUGAUUGGAAAUUUGAACAUGAUCAGUGAUAGCAGUUCAGAAGAGCUAAGCACUAUUGGUAUUGGUCUGCAUUGAUCCGUGAAUAUGGCACUUUGCUUCUAAUUAUUUCUGUAUAUUAGCAUUCACACAAUGUGAAGUGACUGAACAGUAUGCAUUGUGAAUGUGCACUUGUAAUUCUUUCUGAAAGAAUGGAAUAUCUCAGCAUUUUAAUAUUCUAUUCAUCUUCAUUGAUUAGUAUUGAUGCUGUGAGAUGUUAACUGCUAUCAGGUUUUUGAAAUUGUGCCAGGCAGGUUCAGAAAUUCUGUAUAAAGAUGGGAAACAAACUAAUGUGAUUUGCAGAAAUAUUUUUUUACAUUGCUCUGCACAUUCUGUGCUGUUCUUGAAAAAGAAUGGAUUUGAUAACACAGCAUCGUUAAACAAAUCCAAUCCAUUGACAGAAUACCAAGCAACUGUUUGCAUUGAAUUAAGGAUGUUUUUGACAAAAAUUUUGGUCUCAAAUCUUUUGUUUGUUUACUAUGGAUCAAAAUUAUUUGUUUUGUGAUAUCAUGAGGAAUAUAAAAUCCAGCGUUUUAGCUAAAAAACCAAUAGUACCAAUUUUGUCUUAAUUUCAAAAUUAUUUAAUAUAAUCAUCCAAGGCUUUAGCUUUAAAACAUUUUCAGUAUUGACGACACUGUAGUAGAUGUUGCUCGAACCAUCUGUCAAAUGACCCUUUUUGUGUGUAUGUGUGUGUGUUUAAUGUAUGUGUGCACCAGCCUUGCACUUCUUCUCAAACCUGAGAGUGUCUGCAACUCAUCAGUAAGCUGAAUGAAAACACAAUCAAUCAAUACUCACCAGCAGCUGUUCCUGACAAGCCUCUGUCUGACGCCUAAUGCCUUCCAACUGUCGGCAUGAUUCCCUCCCCGUCUACUACCACCAUACUCUGUCCAACCAUUCACAUUUGCAUUCUCUUUUUGCUUCCAGUUUAAGAAUUUGAGAUCGUGUUCUCAGAUUCUUCUGCUGAAAUUUGUAUUUUCAGAUCUCCUUUCCAGUGUUUGUCAUAUACAGUAUCUUGUUGAGCAUAUUAUAAAGCUGGUCAAUUUCUGUGGUAUGUAUGUUUCUAUUUUAUAGUAGCCUUUCUGUAAUUCAUUGUAUUUAUAGAAACUUUGGUAUUUUUUUAUACAUCAGUACACUGCAAUUUUUUUUAAUGAGUAAAAUCAUUCAUAUUACUAAAACUUUUUACCUUUUAUUAUUGACAAUAUGUAUUGCUAGUUCAACUAGCAUAUAAUCUUUGUACCAAAUAUACAGCUACUAUAUUUAGCCAGUAACUGAACAGUAUAGCCAAAUAAAUGGGAGGUUAUUCUCUAAUAUCCAUUAUUCAUCAAUAACAAUAAAGGUUACUGCUGAAUGGAAUUGCCUGGUUUCAAUUAAUCUCCAAGAAAAGGACAGUGUUUAACUUUCCAAAUCAAUAGUAAAUGUGCAACAUGAAUCAUUAGUUUCCAUUACAAUGUUUCUUUCUAUAUGAGGUGAUUUUCAUGGAUUAAAAUGUUAUGUAAGUGGCAAAAAGAGUUGCUUUAUAAUGAAAUGGUUUUGCUUUUAUUGUCCAUUGACUGCUAGGCUUUUAUUUAACUGAAAAUAAUUUUCAAUUUUAAUAAAUAUUUGCACAUAUAAAAUUCUUUUAAAAAUGGAACAGAAAAUAUCAUAAAGGUCGGUCUCCUGUUUGAAUGUGCUAGUUCCAGCAAUACUUUGUUAGAAGCAGAUCCUUGUCUUGGACUUUAUCACACUAAUUUCCUAGGUUAUGGUUAAAUGAAAAAUAAGGUCCAAGAUCUGUCCAUAUGUGCUGUCUUUCACACAUCAUAACCAUCAAGAGUGAAAAUUGACAGUGCCAUGCGAACAACUUGAUUGUCUGCCAUCUUGAUCAUUGAAACAUGUGAGAGAGAUCCCAGAAUGCAUUUUAAUACAACAGCAUCAUGUUCAUGAUUUCCAUUGUAUCACUGUCGGAAAAUUGAGAUAAAGGGAGAAAGGAAAAAUAAAAAUCACCGAAGUACAUAUGUACAUAACAACUAGUAGUACAAGGCCAAAAUUGGUGGGAAUAGUUUUCAUGUCCACCCUGUCUGGUAGAAAGGGGUUUCUACUCAUCUUUGACCUCAAAAAUCUGUUUGAGGCCUACUUGAAGGGGAAAAACGUAGUGCUUAUCACACUUGAAUUUGCUGUAAAUUUCCGAUAAUUUUCAAAUACUGCAAAUGGAUUUUGUGUUUCAUUUGAGAGUUUAAAAAACAAAUAAUGACAAAACAUGUUUAAAAGUAAUGAAUAUUUUCGAUGAUCUGCUAACCUCAGCUACUAUGGAAAAUGUACACCCUUUGAAAAUACAAGCUAUUCCAUGGUGCUGAAUGUUAGUGGGUGCCUUUGAUUGAAAAUCAAAGAAAUUCAGGAUGCAAUUCAGAAAGAAAAUCAGAAAAUGCUCAAAACAAUCAGCAAGUUAGCAGCAUGUGUAAAAAGAGUCGUAGUUAGUGUUUCAAAUCCUGGAGUAUUAUCAGAGCUGGGAAAGAGAGACACAAGAUAGUUCAGGUAGAAGAGAAGGUGGAGGAGGUUAGGGUGGAACAAAGGCAAUUUUCUAACGUGAGACCAGUGACCUAAUGUUACACACACACAAUGCUGAAGGAACAGCAGGUCAGUCAGUUCUGUGGAGAGGAAUAGUCAAUGAAGAGGCUCAGCCCAAAACGUCGCAACUGGAAAAGAAGGGAACAGAUGCCAGAAUAAUGUGGGGACAGGAGUUGCUGGUAGCAGAUAGGUGGGAUGGAAAGUCGGGGGUGAUAGAUAGAAGUGGUAAAAGACUGAAGAAAAGGAGUAUAACAGGAGCUGUCAGUCGACCAUGGAAGAAGGGCAAGGUGGGGAGGAACCAGACAGAAGUGAUGGACAGGAGAGAAAAGGAGUAAGAGGGUAACUAGAAUGGGGAAUGGAAAAGAAUGAGGAAGGAGGGAGAAAUUACUGGAAGUUAGAGAAAUUGAUUCAUACCAUUGGGUUGGAGGCUACCAAGCUCGAAGGGCUGGUGGUGGUUCUCCAACCUGCGUUUGGCCUUAUGGCAGUAAAGGAGGCAACAGAACAGAUGUGUCAGAGUAGGAAUGGAGAGUGGAAUUUAAAUGUAUAGCGAAUGGGAGAUCCUGCCUUUUGCAGCAGGCAGAGUGAAGGUCAAUGAAGCAGCCCCCCCCCCCCCCCAUUCUAUGUCAGGUCUCACCAAAGUAGAAGAGGCUGCACUGGAUACAAUAGAUGACCCCAAAAGACUUGCAAGUGAAGUGUUACCUCACCUGGAAAGACUGUUUGAGUCCAUGGAUGGUGGUGAGGAAGGAAGUGCAAGUGCAGUGACCUAACAUAGCAGGUAAGGGCAGUUAGGAUCAGAUUAAACCGCUUUGUCUGUGUAACUUGCUGCUAAUGUUGUAUGUUCUGGGUAAUUUUGUAGUCUGGUUGAUUUGGUAGGCCAGACUAUUUUGAAGAAAAAAACAAGGCCAGCUAGUGAAAUAGCCAGUUCUACAAACAGUGAGAAUUAGCUAAAGUUAUAGAAUUUGAUACUGAGUCCUGUAGGUUGCAAUGCAGCCAGUUGGAACUUGAGGUUUUUUUCAUCAGGCUUGCAUUGAAACUUAGUACAGAAUCCCACAGGCAGAGUCCAGGUUGGCUGUGGAAUGGUGAAUGAAAGUCACAGGCAACUGGGAGCACAGGGUCACUACUAUGGACUCCGCUUAGGUUCUUCACAAAGUGAUCUCACAAUCUGCAUUUGGUUUCUCCAUAUAGAGAAAGCCCCAUUAUGAACUCUGAAUGCAAUGUAGUAGAUUGGAAGAAAUGCAAUUGAAUUACUGUUUCACCUGAAAAGAUUUUUUGACUCUGAACUUCUGGUUACCUGCUGUUUUAACAGCCCCUUAACAGCUAUAUUAGGUCAUUGUGUUUCACCCAAAUAAGAUAUGUUCACUUCUGUCUAUUCAUCUCCUUCCUCCAUCUUCUCUACCACCUAAACUAACUCUUUUCAGAUGAGGUGUGUCACACACCUAAAAACAUUAAUUGUUUUGCUUUCCACAAUGAUUAAAAGCAGCAAAUGCUUUGAAAAACUGCCUAACUUGCUGAGUAUUUUAAGCAUUUACUAUUUUUAUUUCAGAAUUUUAGAUCAGUUCAUUUUAAUUUUCAUUCUCUGUAUAUAUUUCAGUUAACAUUUCAAGUAAAGGACCCUUUUGUAAGAAUUGAGAAAGAAACAUGUUAUCUUAAGUUGUAUAGAAGAUGAGAGAGGGAUCACCUAUUUUGAAUAGUUAACUAGUUGUGUCUUUGUUGUUAAACAUUUUGCUUUGAAUAGAUGCUGCUUAUUGCCUUUCCAGAUGUGAAUGAGAGGUAAAUAUCUUUAUUCAAAAGAGUCAAGUCAUAUUAACUUCAUAGUAUUCAAAAUAUAGUGGAUUAUUAUUGCUUAUCAAUGUGAAAUUGUUGAUAAUUUGUGAUUAUACCUUUUAUAUAACUAUGUAAAGGAAAUAUCUUUCCCCAAUGCCAACAUAGGGAUAUUGCAUUGAGGGCCUGCUUGAUAAAUGCCUGAUGUGUUACUUCUAUCCUCAUUUUUAAAAGAAAGUUUUUAAUAAAAAACAGUGUAAUGUUUGCCAUUCAUGAUUCUAAUUUGUGUCCCUUUAAAAGUAAUGUAGAGUUGCAAAGCACUUCCGUGCCAACCUUUUAGCCCAGCUCCGCUUAUCUGAUUUGCUCACAUCAAGCCUGUUUUUAUGCCUGUUUGAAUGCUUCUUAAUCUUAGUGUUCAUACCUAAUCACAUUGACACCUCAGGCCAGAUUCAAGUCACUCUUUUAAAAAAAACUUACUUCUUAAUUCCUAUUUAAAGUUUCUUCCUUUCACCUAAACCUAUGCCCUCUUGUCUUUGAUACCCCUAUUGUGGGGAGAAAGAUUCUGUCUCUCUACUCUAUGUAAGCCCCUUUAUAAUUUUAUAUACUUCUGUCAGGUCACCCAUGGGGUGUCUUAAGGAAAAUUAGCCCAGCGUAUACAAGGUCUCUACAUAUAACUAAAAUCUUCUAAUCCGAGUGAAUCUUCUCUGCAGUCUCUCCAGUGCAACCACACCCUUCCAACGAUGUGAUGACCAGAAAUACACACAGUACCUUAAGUUACAUCUAGUCAGUGUUUUAUAAUGUUGCAAUAUAGUGUCCAUUUUCUAUGCUUCCAUCUAUAAAGACAAGCAUAUGCCAUGUGCUUUCAUCAGCAGUCUAUUUAUCUAUGUUGCCACUUUCAAGGAGCUACGAACUUAAACCCUAAGGCCCCUCUAUCAGCAUUCCUCAUUGUCCUGCCAGUGGCUGUAUAGUGUAUGCUCCACCACUAUUUGACUUCCCAGAUUAUACUUUUAGGUAAUGAAAUGUACACUUUGUCUUUUUCUGGAUCAUGUCUAUUCUACUGUGCCUUAAGGAAAAUACUCUUGAUGGUUAACAUGUAAAUAAGCUUUUAAUUUCAAUUUCCCAAUUGUUCUUAACUAGCAAUGCAGAAAAUUCAGUUUUUAUAUUGGCCAAGAAAGCACUCUCCUUCAUCAGAAGGCUAUGGAAUUCAGCAUGUCCCCUAUCAUGGUCACAAGUGUUUACAUAUGCAUCACAGCUUUGUAUGCAUUUCUUCCCUAAGACCACAAGAAAUUGCAAAGAGUUGUCAACGCAACCUAGUCUAUGAUGCAAACAUCCUCUCUUCAUUGACUUGGUUUAAGUAUUCUGCUGCCUCAGAAAAGUUGUCAAUGUAGUCAAGGACCACCCCAGAUGUUGUCUUCCCCUUCCCAUUAAGUAGAAGAUGCAAAAGCUUGAGAGCACAAAGUUCAAAUUCAAAAUAAAUUUAUUAUCAGAGUACAUGUAUGUCACCAUAUAAAACCCUGAGAUUCAUUUUCUUGCAGGCAUACACAGUGAAUCCAUGAAACACAACAGAGUCAAUGAAAGACCAUACCUAACAGGAUGGACAAACAACCAAUGUGCAAACUGCGCAAAUACAAAUAAUAAUAAAUAAACAAGCAAUAAAUAUUAACAUGGGAUGAAGAGUACUUGAAAGAGAGUCCAUAGGCUGAGGGAACAGGUCAAUGAUGGGACAAGUGAAGUUAUCCCUCUGGUUCAAGAGCCUGAUGGUUCAGGGGUAAUAGUUUUCCCUGAACAGUUGGUGGUGUGGGUCCUGAGACUCCUGUACCUUCCUGAUGGCAGCAGUAAGAAGAAAGCAUAGCCUGGGCGGUAGGGUUCCAUGAAGAUUAUGUUCCUAAGACAGCAUUCUGUGUAGUUGUGCACAAUGGUGGGGAGGGCUUUACCUAUGUUGGACUGGGCUGUAUACACUACUUUUUGUAGGAUUUUCUAUUACCAUGAGCUCAAGGACAACUACUAUCCCACUCUCAAGCUUUUGAAUGGACAUAGGUUAAAAAAUAAUGCUUAAGACUUCAUUCUUCUAUAUUAUGACCCUUUCACUUUCUUUGUCUACCUGCACGGCACAUUCUCUGUAAAUGCAACACUAUAUUCUUCAUUCUAUUUACCUACAGAAACCUUGAUGUACUUAAUACAAAAUGGUCUGUCUGGAUGUCACGCAACCAAAAGCUAUUGACUUUCUCUUUGUACAUGUCACAAUAGAAAACCAAUUCUAAUCCCAGUUUAUGCAAGGUCAAAAUCCUAUUUAAUCUUUCAUUGCCAACCAUCCUCACUUUGUUAUAUUUCAGCUCUUGAGUUCAUACAUUAGCAAAGGCACAAAUGUAAGAUUCCAAAAGUACUUUAUGGUUAUAUCCAAAUACACAUUGGAUAUUGAUAUCACUUGCUCUGCUAUUGCAUGAUUGCUAAUUGUGUGCAGUUUAUUUUGAUCUCAUUCUGGUUGGAAUUUGUCCUCUAGGUAAGGUUAAUCAAGGUCAGUUUAUAUGUUGUUGAACGGAUAUUGACAAGCUUGUGAAUUUUAAUCUCAUGGAAAAUUAUUGUGA